GGCGAACUGGCGAACUGGCGAACUGGCGAACUGGCAAGCUGGCAAGCUGGCAUCCUGUAUCCUGUAUCCUGUAUCCUGUAUUAUCAGUGCGGCCAACGUGACAGCAGCAUACUUAAGGUUGUAGGGUAGUGAUGGACGACGGUCCUGCUAUCAGGCGAGUGACCUUGAGAGGCUGACGGCACAUGGCAUUGGGAAGUGGCACUCACACCAAUCGAGAUUGAUGAUACCCAUCGCAGGCAGCGCAUAUAUCGCAUAUAUCGCAUACAUCGCAUACAUCAGUAUACAUAGCCACUGGCUGAUGUCUAAUUGUAUGGAAUCGACGAGAGUAUGUAACCUAGUGGUGAUGCAGAGAAUAACAUUGUUCUUGGCUGCGUUGGUGCUUGCUGUAGCCUGUAGUACCGCUAUAAUAGAAAUAGUAGCGUCUCGGGUUGCGAACCCUACGUGCGGCACCUGUUCUCUCUGUUCUCCCUACAUUGUGUAUCCCUUGAUCCUUGCAUCCGAGUUAUGGCGUGUUCGUUGCGGAGUUUGAGAGGAAGAUCUAUGGAACCUAUGUACGUCUGUACGCAUGUGUAAUAGUCCCGCUAUAUCGUAGACCAGUAUACUAUUACCUCUUAGCCUUGAAAUGCUUUUUCAUGCCGAACAUGCUGCUUGUCUCUGUUUGGAUAUGGAUAUGGAGAUGGAGAUGGAGAUGGAGAUGGGGAAGAUAGAGAAACUGUAAAAGCAUUAGUUCAUAGCAUUGAUAGUUAGUCGGCUCGGCUGAUCGGCUUUAAGAUUGAAGCUAGAAUGUACCUAAGUUACGAUUCGGA